AUGUUGAAAGAGUAUCUUUGCACAGGUGGAGGUCAGAAAGAAGAAGGUCCCAUCAGAAUUGGAGAUGUCCAAGUGAACCGAGUGAUGGAUUUCAAGUACCUAGGUUCAACCGUACAAGAAGAUGGGGGCACCGAGCAGGAAAUUGCGAGGAGGAUCCAGUCGGGAUGGAAUAGUUGGAAGAAGAUCACCGGAGUUGUAUGUGACCGCAAGGUGCCAGACAAGGUGAAGGGAAAGCUUCACAAGCUCAUGGUCAUACCGGCCAUGUUAUAUGGAUUGGAGACUCUAACAAAGUCGCAGGAAAGGAAACUAGAGGUGGCUGAGAUGAGGAUGAUGAGAUAUGAAGUCGGAGUAACUAGGUUGGACAAGAUCAGAAAUGAGACUACUAGAGAAAUACUGGGAAUUGAGCGAUAG